CUCACUGACUCAGAUUACCAUAUACACCAAACCUCAAAGUAAUUCGAUCAUGUUUUUCCACAAUCUUGGUCUCCGCAUGGGCGGCGUCUCGAGCGCUGUGUUCGCUGCCCAGGGCGUUUUUCUUUUAGGAAACGCAUUUUACUCUAUCCUGUUUCCAUCAUCGGUCGCCCACUUCGAAGGCUCAUCUUUGACCGGAACUCCCGAAGGCGCGGUUCAAUGCAUUGGCUUGACCUCUCUUGCGCUUGGCACAUACUAUCUCAUUUCGACAUACCAGCGCGAUACUCUGAUCAUGGUCUCUUCGAUACCCUCUCGUCUGGUGGCUGCGUGGGUCAUGUAUCGCAAUGGCGGCAACUGGAGGCCGGUAGCGGCUUUUGAAACCUCCAUGGCAGUGUUGGCUGGUGCAGCACUAUUCUGGGACCGGUAUAUAUAAGCUGAGCGCGCCGGCGGGGGAGGGGAGAGCGACGCAGAGAAUUUGAACAAGAUUUGCGAGUUACAUUUAGUACGGAAUAUCGACUGUUUUAAC